AUGAGCAAAGCAAUUCAAGCCAUUGCUGCCAAAAUCAGCAUGGAAGGGCAACAAAAGAAAUAUACGCAGAUUUUGAAAAAUGAUAACAAACGUCAGGCGGCGGACAUCGAAGCCCAGUUGGGUUUGCCCAGCAAUUCCACGUCCAUCAGGGCCAACAUCGUGGACACGUUUUCCUGCGAUGGCAAAAUUUACGGGUACUACGCAGAUCCCGACAACGAGUGCCAAAUCUUCCACAUUUGCAUGCCCGACGUGUUUCCGGACGGACGUGAGGAAACCCGUCGCUGGUCCUUCGUCUGCCCCGAGGAAACCAUCUUCGACCAGUCCCACUUGGUUUGCGCCCGACCAGAAGAUGCUCUGCCUUGCGAAGAAGCAGUCAACUUUUACAACGUCAACGAGAACUUUGGGAAAAUCCCCGAGCCUUCGUCUUCCAAGUGAAAGAACUCCUAAUUGAACCCCGGUCAUCGUCGCCUUCAUGUGCAAAAAGUUCGCCUCAACAAUUUUCAAAAUCGCUGAAAAACCACGGCGAAAUUCCUCAAUCAAGAGCUUUUUUCUCACUCUGUCUCCUUGAAAUAUCAGCCAAAAAACUUUAUUCAUACAUUUUGCCCAUGGUAUUUUUUUUAAUCAGCAGAAGAAUCUUCCCGGAAAUCAGUGAUUCUAAACAGGAUUUUAUCUUUUUUUUAAAUUCCUUUAUGCGAAUUCCUUUGCGGUCAGUGACCGGACGAAACGGUCAACGGUGCAUUGAAUAUUUUUGUGCAUAUCUAGUCUAUGUGCGUUCUUCUGUAAAAAAAAAAAAGAAAAAGAGAAAAAAACAAUUUUAAUAGUCCGCAACCUUGUGGACGAUGCAUUUUUUGGAGGGCCUCUGGGGGAAAAAUAACAGACAGAAAAGUGACAGUUGCAUGAAAUAUUUCGGGGGAGAAAAAAAAGAAAGAUCGCGAUAACGUUGAUUCGCGGUUGAAUUUUUUUUUUCAAGUUCAGUUACCUGCUAGGAUCAAAUACGAAGGAUGAGGGGGAAUAUUUUGCGUGCUGCUGAGAUGAUGAUAAAAAUGAGAAAACGGUUUUUUUUUUGAUUGAGCAUUGUUUUCCACCUUGGCAUCGUCACGACAAUGAUGGAACAUCUCAUCGUCGUUGUUUCUCUCAUUUUUAUUUCAAUAAGAGGGGAAACAAGUUUUAUUUCCUGAAGUUGAUGGUUUUGGGUUUUCAUAACGCAGAUUUAUCGUUCUUUUUUUCCGGCGGUUAUUAUUUGAAAAAUCGUCUGCAUUUGUAUUCCAUUUUUUUUUAAUAUCCAAAAGGUCGAUUCGCCAGCUGCUGUACAUGAGUUACAGAAUAUUGCUAAAAUUUUUAAAUUUUCGAAAAAAAAAGGUGCGGAUGAUUUUAUUUUGAUUUCGUCAGCAUCGAAGACCUUUUCGCCGGCAAUUACGAAGGUUUUCCGUAUAUUCUGCUCAAGAUAUGAUGAAUGCGAAACUGUUGUAAACUGUGAAUUUUGGGUUUCGAUUUUGUAGAACUUGGUGUCAAUAAAAACCAGGUAUUCGUAUUUGUUUACGAGAAAAUCGCAAAAAAUA